AUGUAUCAUCAACGAUUUCAGAUCCGUGGCAAAGUUUUCUGGACUCUUGGUAUGAAGAUGAAGUUAAUGAUAACAGUCAUCACUUGCUUACUACUUAGGUCGGUGAUAUUACUAUCAUCCUCCAACGUUUCUAAACACCAUCUUCUUGGUGCUACAAUCAAAGGUUCAAAGGAAUCAGGAAAAACUGUGGACAAACUGGCAGGAGGGCUCCUAACUGCAGAUUUCAAUGAAGAUUCUUGCUUGAGUAGAUACCAUAAGUCUUCCUUGUAUCGCAAGGCUUCACCAUACAAACCUUCUGAAUAUCUUGUCUUUAAGCUAAGAAGCUAUGAAAUGCUUCACAAGCGUUGCGGUCCAGGCACAGAUGCUUACAAGAAAGCAACAGAGAGUCUUAGUCAUGAUGAGAUUUCUGUUGGUGAAUGCAAGUACAUUGUGUGGAUCGCGGUUUAUGGUCUUGGAAACAAAAUACUUACUCUUGCUUCUAUGUUCCUCUAUGCUCUCUUGACAGAGAGAAUCAUUCUUCUUGACCAACGCAAAGACAUAAGUGAUCUCUUCUGCGAGCCUUUUCCUGGCACUUCCUGGUUACUUCCUCUGGAUUUUCCUCUGACAGAUCAGUUAGAUAGCUUCAACAGAGAACACUCGCGUUGUUACGGAACAAUGCUGAAGAAUCAUCAUGCCAUUAACUCGACCACAACAGAGAAAAUCCCCUCCUACCUCUGUCUUUAUCUUAUUCACGAUUACGAAGAUACAGAUAAGAUGUUCUUCUGUGAAAGAGAUCAAGAUCUCAGCAGGCAAGUUCCUUGGUUGGUCUUCAACUCAAAUCUUUACUUUAUUCCAUCUCUAUGGUUGAUCCCAAGUUUCCAAACAGAGCUAAUCAAGCUAUUCCCACAGAAAGAUACCGUCUUCCACCAUUUGGCUCGGUAUCUAUUUCACCCGACAAACCAAGUUUGGGGUAUGGUCACAAGAUCCUACAAUGCUUACUUAUCAAGAGCAGACGAAACACUCGGGAUUCAAGUCCGGGUUUUCAACAGACGUGCUGGAUAUUUCCAGCACGUCAUGGACCAGAUCCUAGCCUGUACACAAAGAGAGAAACUUUUACCUCAAGUAGCUUCACAAGUCAUCACUACUAAUAAUACAUCGAAAACCCCGAAACUUAAAGCUGUCCUGGUCACAUCUCUGUAUCCAGAGUACUCAGAGAGACUAAGGAACAUGUUUUGGGAAGGCCCGAGUUCGACAGGAGACACAGUGCAAGUUUACCAACCAAGCCAAGAAAUGUAUCAGCAAACAGACAAGAAGCUUCACGACCAAAAGGCACUCGCCGAGAUCUAUCUUUUGAGUUUAACUGAUAAGCUAGUAACUAGCAACUCAUCUACGUUCGGGUACGUUGCUCAAGGUCUUGGAGGAUUAAAGCCAUGGAUACUCUACCAGCCAAAGAACCUCACAGCUCCUGAGCCACCAUGUGUUAAAGCCAUGUCGAUGGAGCCAUGUUUCCUUAGAGCUCCGCUCUAUGGUUGUCAAGCUAAGACGGUGAGAAUUACCCCUUUUGUUAGGUAUUGUGAGGAUCGGAUCACGGGCCUUAAGCUAGUUGAUUACGCAGAUGGGUUUUGA